CCCGGAAGUGUGAAAGAGCCGUUUGCUGUUGGUGUUUUACACUGCUUGUGUAGAAUAUUAUUAGCACUGUAUGAGAAAUCUGUUUGACAAACUGCUGCGGGAAACACUCCAGAAAUGACAUCGAAGCCCCAGAAGGAAUCCAUCGUCAGUAAGAUGGGGAUGAAACUAGGGGUGUCCAAAACUGACAUGGAGCUGGACAAACUCCGAAAGGAAAAUGCACAUCUGAGAAAGAAGCUGGAUGAACUGUCUCAUCGACAGGGAAAACUGACGCAUACGGAGAAAAGCAAACUUUUGGAGAGGAUUGUCUCACUUGAGACGCUGAAGGAGAAAAACACCCAGCAGCUCUCGGCCAAAGACCAGGAGUUGUCCUCCCUCAGGCAGCAGAUGACCGCUGCGAGUGGUGGGAUCGUGGCCUCCCUACAGUCCCAACUGGAUCAGAAGAACCUGGAAGCACAGGAACGAGAGAAACAGCUUCAGACCCUUUUGGAGGAGAUGAGAAGUGUUAAAAAUAAGUUUGCUGAGGUUUCUGCUCGGUGCCAGGACCUUGAGAAAAGGAGUGUGAAAGGGAACCCAGAUUCACAGAGUCCAAAUAGAGAUGGGCAGACUGUUUCUGGCAACCCAUCAGCUGUACAGGAACAAUUGCGAGAUGCUUUGGAAAAGAACCAGCAGUGGUUGGUUUAUGACCAGCAGCGAGAGGCCUAUGUGAAGGCUGUCCUGGCAAGAACUUUUGAGCUUGAGCAGCAACUAAACCAAGCCAACCAGGCUCUUCAGCAGCAGAACAAAGAAGGCAAUUCAGAAGAAGAGAAGUGCGCCCAGAUGCAGCAGUACUACGACAAGCUUCUGCUGACAGCAAGAAAGGACUUGGAGGCCCAGAAGGAACAGGUGGCCCAAGUGCAGGGGGAGCUGGCGGAGCUUAGGAAGAGAUACGAAGACAAGUGUGGGGAGGCGGAGGAAGUGGCCGAGCAGCUGCAGGCAGAGCGCCUGAGGAGCCAUCGCUCGACCAAGGAGGGGGUCCGCAGGAGCGAGGACCUGGAGCAGCUCAAGGCCCAGCUGGACGAGGAGAAAAGGAGGUCUGCUGAACUGCUGAUGCAGGUGAAUAUGCUUCAGAAGUCUCUUCUCCAUGAACACGAGGAGCAAAAAAGGAUCGCGGUGUUGGAGCAUCAGAUCCAGAUGUCGGCCAGAGAUUUUGAAAACGAAAAGCUGGAUCGUCAGACUUUGCAGCAACAGUUGCACAAAGUGUUGAAGGAACUUCGCAAAGCAAGGGACCAGAUAACAAGAUUGGAGUCGGUUUCACAGAAACAACAGCCGUUCUCCUCGGAGCCAAACCCCUACAGCGGACUGGGGAUGGAGAAGCUCUCCAUCGAGGACCUGGCAGCGGCCCACAGGUCUCCCGCGAGGAUCCCCGGCCUCCUAGAUGAGAGCUUCCUCGAGUGCCCGAGGUGUCGGGCGCAGUACCCGACGAGCCAACACCGCGAGCUGCUUGCACACAUCGACUACUGUCUCACUUAAUCUCUCUCACUGGAAUCUGGGGGUGUUUGUCUACAGGUUUUUAUAUGAGGCAUUUUAUGUUUUGGGGUUUUUAAUCCAGGAUUUUAUCUACUGACUUCCUCUGCUUGUCUCUUUAAUGGGUUUGAGGUUUUUCUCAGCAACAGGUUUGUUGUUCUGCUGUUUUGCACAGCUGUAGUGUCCUGUGGCUUUCGACAUCUGGCUUUGUUUCCCUUUUUAUAAUUUAUUUAUUGUAAGUGCAAAUCUUACCAACAGCCUUGUGAUGUCAGGCAUUUUAAAAUAUUUUUCAUGUGAAAGCCAUCAAUUUUUUUUUUUUGUAAGUGGGAAGUGUUUGAGUUUGUGUUUUUUCUUUUUUAAUCAAUGCUAUAUAUUUUUUUAAUUUGUGGAAGAACAUUAGGGCCAUUUAUUUAUAUUUUACCAGAGGAUAACAUGCUUUGAUAUAAAACUCCCUGCAUUCAGCUGAAUUAAAUCUGUGUGCAGAUGUCAGCCAUUAAAGAUAUUCUCAUUGGCAAACAGAUUUCAGGGUCUUUUGAUUUUAAUUUUUUGUGUUAUUUCAUGCACUCCGGUUCCUGCAUCUUCUGUUCAACUUGAUACACAGACAAGCACUGACGCCGUGUUCUGCUAGUGUGUCCUCAAGUGUAGUGGCCGCCUAAGGUGUCCCUGUACCUUGCAGCAGUCCCAGCUUUGCAAACCAGCUCUGCAGCUCAAUUUAGACUCUCCGACUA